GCAGGGAAGCCGCUCAGUGAUUACAGACAGGUCUAUAUGAACAGACGGGCUUGUGAGGGCAAAGGUCAUUUCUGCUUCAACUUAUGGAUUUUGUCAGACUAACACUGAAUAAUUAAACAUUCAUUGUUGUGUAUAAAUAAAAAAAUGAAAUCAGGCAGGUGGUCAUUUGUAUUAUUAAGCUGAUUAAAAAUGAUUAUGUACUCAUAGUGUAUGUGCAUUGUAACACUUUGGGCUGGUGCAUGUGUGCGGUAAGAAUUUAUUGGAACAAAGUUUAGGUGAUGAUUGCAGGAUGAGUCAAGGUGACAGCGAGACACUAACCCCUGGACUUUGGCAGCAUUACAGUCUGGCUUGCUAUAUAAGCUACAGACCCUCACCAGCUGAGCACAAGAGCUGCAAAGUGGACUCGCAGAUACAUUCGCAAAACUCAGAUCGAAGAGCCAUGAAGGUCCUUGCUGUGCUCGUCCUAGCCGUUUUCAGUGGCUGUCAGGCCAACCUUUUCUAUGCUGAUGCACCCAAGCCACAGCUGGAUGUGCUGACUGAUGCCUUCUGGGACUAUGUUGCCAAGGCCACCAAGACAGCUGAUGACUCCGUCGCCAUGAUCAGGAAGUCUCAGUUUGGACAGGAUGUCAGUGCCCGUCUGACCGAGAGCGCCGAUGUGGCCGGCAAGUAUGCAGUCACCCUGCAGGAGCAGCUUCCCCCUGCAGCCCAGGACCUGAUCACCAAAGUUACCACAGAGGCCGAUGUGCUGAGAGAGCGUGUGAACCAGGAGCUGAGCACUGUCAGGGAGAAGCUCGAGCCCUACACCGAGGACAUGAAGACCCAGAUCCAGCAGAGAGUGGAGCAGCUCAAACAGGAGCUGGCCCCCUACGCAGACUCCGUGGACACUGAGGCCCUGAGGACCAUCCUGAUGCAGAAGAGUGAGGAGCUUAAGACCAACUUUGAGCAGAGUGUGAAGGAUCUGCAGGCUCAGCUGGGGCCUUACACCGAUGACCUGAAGCUGAAGGUGGACCAGCACCUGCAGGAAUUCAAGGAGAGUGUGGCACCCGCGACGGAGAAGGUCCAGGUUGAGCUGACUCAGAGAGCCCAGCAGGUGAAAGAAUUGGCUGCCCCAUACGUUGAUGAGCUGAGGGAAAGGCUGGACCCCUAUGCCCAGGACCUCAAGGCCCAGCUCACCUCCCUCUAUGAGUCUUUUGUUGCCAAAGCCUUCUAAGUCAACCUCCACCUCAUUGUAAACAGGAAAGAACUGCAUCUAAUGAACACAAUUCUCAGAUCCACAAAAAUGUGUUUGUGUUUUAAUAAUAUGAACAUACUUUUGAAAUUGUCUUAAACUAUAUAUAUUUAAAGUAUUAAAUGAAAAGAUAAGUAAGACCUAUUGAGUGUUGGUCUGGGACCAGACACUGUGUUCUCUUUCUCUAUGCUAUGAAAAUAAAAGCAAAACAUAAACUUG